CCUAGAACUCCAACCAACAGCAUCAUCCAUCAUCCACAUUUUUCUCAGCACCAUCGGCAUCAGUCUCUCUCUCACACAACAAAACCAGACCCAAGGUAGAAGAAGAUAGAAAGAACCAACGUCAGAGAACCCCCUCCAGCGACGUCGUUUUACAACUUCGACUUUCUUCUCGCUCAACCCCGUUCUUGUUCUGGAUCAAUAUGACACCAGUUUGCCCUUUUGUCAAAGCGGCGCGGCCUGAUGAUAAUAAUGGCUCUAAAAAACCCGGUGAGAUGUCGAUAAAACAUCAGGUAGAGCCUGAUAGUAAGGUGAAGAAAGAGGCUAACGACUCGGCUAGUGCCUCGCCGAAAUGCCCUUUUGGAUAUGACUCGCAGACAUUUAAGCUUGGUCCUCUUAGCUGUAUGGUUUGCCAGGCGCUGCUUUUCGACACCAGCAAAUGUGUGCCUUGUUCUCAUGUUUUCUGCAAAGCAUGUGUAUCACGCUUUAAGGACUGCCCGUUGUGUGGGGCUGAUAUUGUGAAGAUCGAGCCUGAUGCUAAUCUUCAAGGUGUAGUUGAUCGCUUUAUCGAAGGGCAUGGGAGGAUCAAAAGGUCUGUUAGUUCAGACAAAGGAGAAGAAGCAACAGAGAGUAAAUCAGUCAUAUAUGAGGAUGUUUCUUUGGAAAGAGGUUCUUUUCUGGUGCAACAGGCCAUGAGGGCAUUCCGUGCUCAAAAUUUAGAAAGUGCAAAAUCAAGACUCAGCCUUUGUGCUGCAGACAUUCGUAGUCAGUUAGAAAAAGUGGGUAAUUCUUCAGAGCUAUGUUCACAGCUUGGAGCAGUCUUGGGCAUGCUUGGUGACUGCUGCCGGGCAAUAGGUGAUGCCAGCUCUGCAGUUACUUAUUUUGAAGAAAGUGUUGAAUUCCUGUCAAAGUUGCCUAAAGAUGAUUUGGAGAUUACACAUACACUUUCUGUUUCACUUAAUAAAAUUGGAGAUCUUAAAUAUUAUGAUGGGGAUCUUCGAGCUGCAAGAUCGUACUAUUUUCAAUCACUAAAUGUUCGCCGUGAUGUCAUGAAGCACAAUUCAAACGUUACAUCCCAGGUACUAGAUGUUGCUGUUUCUCUUGCCAAAGUUGCAGACGUGGACAGAAAUAUAGGGGAUGAAAAGUUGGCUACUGAUGGAUUUCAAGAAGCCAUAGACUUGUUGGAAUCACUGUCGUUGGAAUCUGAAGGGAGUGGGCUUGAACAACGGCGGCUAUCAGUCCUGGACUUCCUGAGAAACCAACUUGCAGAUAAAACAGAACAAACUGAGCAAACAGUAUGAGAUAGGUAUUCCAUGGAAGAAAGGAAGCAUCAUUUCAGAUGCAAUAAAUGUUUGUGGCACCCAGGGGACAAGUUUGUAAAAUAAACUCUCAAGUAAACAGAGGCACUACCACUACUAAUAUAGCAAAAAGAUAUUGCACAGCGAUGAAUUGGAGGCAUUUCUGGCUCUGCAGUACCUGCCUUUUCCUGAGAUUCUACAGCAAAUCCUCUGUGUUUUAAUAUUAUACCACCUUUUUUUUAUCUUGGUGCAUGAGGACAACAGUGCUGGGUCUUCCUUGCACUAAAUGUAAUAAACUAGAAACAAAGUAGCAUGUAGUGUAGGUUUUAGUCUGCGUUUCAACUUGAUGAAGAAUAACAUUCUAUACUGUGAUUUGUAAAAAGUGAAUCUUAUAGAAUAUUCACCACUUUAUGCUUUCCGAGUGAAACUUAUAGAAUAUACAUCACUUUGUCCUUUA